UCUUUCCUACUGGCUCUGUCCAAGUCUUGGACUAGAUUUUGCCAGUGCUUGAAAGCUCCAAUAGAGUCUGAAAGACUCCUUUGAGUCUUUGAAUCCAUGGAAGAGUAGAUUCCAAGGGUUUUAUGCAGCAGGAAUUAUAUAUCUGCAUCUUUUGGGAUUUACCCAGCAGUCGUCUAGAUCGGUUCUAAUGUGAAGAAGGGUGAUUAAGUUCAUAAUAAUAUAUUUAGUACGCUUUUGUCAUUACUUUGAGGUAUUUUGCAUUCAAGUGCGGCUAUUUAUAGUAAGGUACAACCUAAAAGAAUUCUGGAUGAUUAGCAAUACUCAUUCUAAUUGUCCCCCUCUAUACUGACAUUGUUUCUAUGGAUUAUCUGUAACAUCUGAAUGGACUUAUUGUAACUAGUUAUGAGAACGACACAGGUUACCUUUCAGACUUUAUUCCAGUGAAUACUAGCAAACUAUCCUGAGAAUCAAUCCUGGAGAUCAAACACUGAAAUUCCAAUAAUAUGGCAUCUCCCUGUAUUUCGUAGAUAAUAUAUACAAUUGGAAAUAAAACUUGGAAAAGCACGCUUUUGAACAACUAAAAAAAAUGCUCAAGCAUUAUUGCUUAGGUGAAACCAAAGCAAAUGACAUCGGAUAUCAUUGAGCUACAAAUGAUCAAGCAAUUGGACAGAAGCAGGGAGGGUAAUGAAGGUCCUUGUUGUAACCUCACCAAUGUUUAUAUAGUACUAUUCUUCUUCCAGAUCCUCAUAGCUCACAGAUAAUUUUAUUGUAAUAGACUUUGAUUCUUCCAAUAUCAUGUGUACAGUCAGAGAAUUCAUGGAUUAUUAAAUUACAAGAGAAUUUUUAUAGUUCAUUCUCUCAAUAGAGAGUAAGAUAUAUAAAGAAUGGGCCAUCCUUUAAACUGUCAGAAUGGAAAGUUAUAUGCUUUAAGCAUAUCUCAACUGGACUAUUACUCUUAAAAACCAACAGCCUAAAUGAGUAAACUGUUUUUCCUUUGACUCAUAGAACAGGGGAAACCAAAUUCCUUAAUCCAGUACAUGCCCCAAUGGUAUGUAAGUUAGGGACUAUCCACAUCUUUGGGACAAUAUUCUCCUUCUUUCUAGCUUAUGAAGUCCUAUACAUAUAUUUUGCUUAAGAAAGGUGCAUCUUCAUUGUAUCUUAAUAAAC